AUGGAUCCCUUCUCCAUCACCACAGCCUCCAUAGGCUCUAUUGCCGCCAUCGCUCAGCUUUCAGCCCAGGUCAAUGCUUUUGCCUCUCAAUUUAAAGACGCGCGCAAUGACAUGCAAGAGCUGCUUCAAGAACUCAAGGCCCUCUCAACGAGUCUCGAGAGCAUGCGCGACGACGACAACAUGGCGAAGUAUCCUGCCUCGUUGCGCCAGAAUCUCCUCGAUACACUCGGGAAUUGUGACGGCGUGACGAAGGAAAUGGGAGAUCUCUUGCGAAAGCUGUCCUCCGCCGGACUCUUCGGACGCCUGAAGUGGUCGCUGUCGAAACGAGAAAAGUUGAUGGGUCUAAAGUCGAAGCUAGAGGGGCACAAAUCAGCCAUUGCAAUUGCGCUUCUGAUUGCCUCAAUAACCCAUUGGGGGCAAAAACAUACUGAACCCAAGAACGCCGCUGAUCUGGUCAGUUUCUUGACCCUGGAAACCAAGGAUAACACCAACAAGAUACUGAGCGACACGGCAGCAAUACGGCUCGAAACGGCUCAGAUACCUGCGCAAGUUACGACUCUCUACCAAUGCAUGGGUUCUCUGCAGUUAUACAUUAGAGAUCUCAAAGGCCGUGGAGACAUCGCAGAGGGGGAUAUGUUCCAGAGAGUAGUGGAUAACACUACAACCUACACCGCGUCUUUUAUCGAUCACGAUUAUUCAGACAGAACAAUACAGACACGAACCUCGGAUGAGUUUUUUGACGCUCCGGAAUACCCUGAAGCUGGCCUGAGUACCAAGGCUCGGUGGAAAAGACCUUUACGAGCCCAGCCACAACUGGUCAUCGCGAUCGAUUUUGGCAUGACUUGUACAGGCGUUGGAUGGUGGAAUACAAGGAGCAGCGCGCCGGGCAACGGAACACUACACAUUCUUCAGAGGUGGCCAGGAAUCGGCUUCGCAGCGCAGAACAAGGUGCCAACUGUGCCCGCUUAUCGCCACGGCGAACUCUUAUCCUGGGGGUUCUUGGCAAGACGCGAUGCAGAAGACAAAGAGACUCUACUGUUCAAUGGUUUUAAGGAAUUCCUCGACCCUGUAGUUCUGCAGACCGCCAAACAGAGCCGGAAAGAGUCUCGCCACUUACCAGAAACCUCAGAUCACGUCCAAUCGUUAUGUCUGGACUUCCUCCGAAUGCUCUAUCGCCACAUCGAAGAGGGUUUCCAAGGAAUCGUCCACUCAUGGCACAAUGCAGAGAUUGAAUUCGACUUCCCCAUACCUUCGUCUUGGAGCGUUGGCGUUAGGCAGAGGUUCGAAAAUCUGGUUAUACAGGCUGGUUUUGGCAGUGCCGGCCAAGGGCACAGCUGCUCUUUCGACAUGACCGAAGCCGAAGCGGCAGCCGUUUCCGCCGUUACUGAUGCGGGUGUACGAUAUUCGUACGGAAGCGUCAUUCUAGUUGCCGAUUUAGGUGGAAUGACAACUAAACUAUCUCUCCUCAAAGUUACCAAUCAACCGAAUCCAUCUUUGGAGUUCGAACAGUUGGACGCAGUUGAAGACAACGGCGUUGGCAGCGCCAUGAUCGACAUCGGCUUUCAGCAACUCGCGACGCACAGAUUGGCCCGUGUCGAGGCAGAGCUAGGACGUUACCAGCUCUCUGUCGAGGGCGUGGUACGCGAGAUGACUGCCGGACAGUUCCAAACUAGAAAAGCCGUGUUUGGUCCCGAUGAAAUGGUGAUUGCGGGGAGACUACGAGUGCCAGGUUUACCGAGCGAUUUCAACUCCGAGGAGGCAAAGGUAGAAAGGGGCUUUUUAUUACUGACGACCCACGAACUACAGCAACUAUUUGAUGAACAACUCAGGCAGAUAUUCCAGCUGGUAGACCACCAAAUGGACAAAGCGCUUUCCGCUACACCUGAUCUACAGGCAAGUCAUAUAGUCCUCUCUGGCGGGCUUGCAAGUUCUCCAUAUGUCCUCGACCAGUUCCGGCACAGGUACCUGCGUCUCAGGUCGCAUCGAUUUAUAACGCCAGCGACCAAAUUCGCCCAUGCUCCAGAUCCACAGCUAGCAGUGAUCAGAGGCCUGAUUAUGUCUCGUGCUCGGCUGUUUGCAUCUCAGAGUGGCGACCUGGUCAGCAACCUGGUAUACCGCCGCGUGGCCCGCAUUUCGUACGGCAUCGUCUGCAACAGGCUCUACAAUCCAAAUCUACACCGCGACCAGGCGCUUUUCAGAGAUGAAACCGACGGACGGGUUUAUGCACGCGACCAAAUCAAAUGGAUUGUCCUCGCGGGAAAGCAGCCGAAUGAUACAAACGAGUUCAAGAUCUCUAUGGCCCAUCCAGUGCGCCUGGGCAAGUCGGUGCAGAGAUGGUCGCACGCCAUUGUCACAUCGCGAGUUGAAACGGAUCUACCCACUGAUUUGCAUCACCCCGGCGUGACGACCGUCAGCGAACUGACGUGCGACUUCUCAGAAGCGCCCAAGGUGUUGCAUGCGCCGAGCGGCGCAAAGCACAUGGACCUGCACUAUUCGAUCGCGGCCACGGUCGGUCGCGACGGGAUUGCGUUCGAGGCGCGUCUCGGCGGAGCCGCAUAUGGCAGUGCCUCCAUCCGAGAGUGA